AUGGAGGGAGCCAUGGGGAAGCAUGCAGGCCGCAUGGACGUCCACGCUUUGGAUCUUGCAGCAAAAGGCGUUGCUCUCCAAUUCCCCGACUGGCCGCGUGAGCAGAGGUUACAGGUUUUUGGUCUGUUUGGCAGAAUAGGCAGGUCAUUGACGACCAACGGAUCUGCGUACAUUCAUGCCGGGUUUGCGACUAGCACACUAUGCGACUCAGGGCCCGCGGGGGGUGCAAUGAGCUCCCGGCUCCAGCUAGUGCUCCUGCCAAUGCCAUGCGUCUCUGUCACCGCCCGGCCCCACGGUGAAAAAGGUAGGCAUGGCGUAGAGGAUCGAUCGAAGGCUGUGGCGUGGCUCUCACCCAAGACUGAAAAACAGCUCGAGGAGGAGAAGCGCUACACCCACCGCGAAAAGAGGGACCGGGUCAAUACUGGGAAGAUCAGACAACGUGGAUUGGGAAGCCUUCCCGAUUGGACUUUUGCGCCGGGGGCCAAAGAUAAACCGCUAGACUGGAAAGACAGCUCAAGGAGCAGAAGCGCUUCGCCUGUUGAGAGAAUGGACGCCUCCAGGUUCAGGCACGCGAGCUCUUUACGGAUAAAGCUUUUCGGCUGGUCGGUGUCUUCCGUGCCGAUCUGGAUGGUCACAUGCCAGAUUAGGCUAGCGUACCGAGCUGACAUCGAUUUGGAGAUCACUUAUCGAAAAAAAUUCGACGAUGCAUAUCGGGCACCACUGACCCGCGGGUGCUUCAAGUCUUCCGGAUGCGAAAAAUACUCCAAGUCUUUGCGGGUGGCGGGUUAUAUGCGAUUAUUGAGAGGACCGCGGGUUUUGACUGACCUCUUCGCGACAAAGAGGAGUGGAAUUGGCAGCUCCACUGAUCGGUGCCGCAGUGGGAGUGCCGGGGGUGACUACGGUCUUCGUCAGUACAUGGGACUACCCCGGGGAUCACAUCUCGAAAAAGGGCUGUGUCACAUUGGGCCUCUUGCACAACCCCGGAGCUCCUUUGGGUUCGCGACGAUGAUACAGCGGCUCUGGAGUGAGACCAACCGUGCAAGAAGACGUUGCUCAAGAAUAGACAUCCCGAGCACUGUUGACCUGAACGGGCGGGAUCCAGGAAAGACGCACGACGGAUCUUCGCGGAGCCCGGGGAUGGAUAUUGUCGAACACGUAGGCGUCAAUGUCCGGCAGUGGUCGACGCACACUGCAGAUCUUGGACGAGGGGAUGGCGAACUCGGCUGGCUUACCGCGGUUUUUCCAAUUUCGGAGUCUGGGGAGGAUUGCGGGAAUCAUGCGGUGACCUUCAUACCUUUCGGGAGUUCAUCAGCAUUAAGGGCCCAAUUGAGGAGGUAUACUCCCCAAAGAGCAUGCUUCACUGGAACGGCGGGAAGGCCGUCGGAGAAAUCUACCCGCCCGGGAACAGGAGAGGCAGAGGGAGCGGGAGUGGCAGAGGGAAUAGGAGAGGGAGAGGCAGAGGCAGAGGGAGAUGCAGAGGGAACAGGAGAUGCAGAGGGAGCAGGAGAUUACAUUAGGCGACCAUUUACCGUGCCCGAGACCGAGACCGAGACCGAGACCGAAGUCGAGAAGGGGGUCGAGAAGGCGGUCGUGGAGGAAGCCGAGGAGGUGGUGCAAUUACAACAUACAUUGGACGACGCCAAAGUCGACAGGAUCUACCAUCUGAAGCCGCCGUUCCUCAUGCGAGAGGACCUUCAAGGCGACUCUCGGGACCAUGAGAAGCGUCUCGGUCGUAUCGAGAACGCGGGAAGGACCAGGGACGGACGGAUGUCGUUCGAUGUCAGGAAGGGCAAGGGCAAGGGCCUGAUGAUAUUCCUCUGCUUCGGUCGAUCAUUAUGCAAACCGACCGGUGCUACUGUACAGUACAACUCGGCGCACUACGAUAUGCUCAACCACUUCUACGUAAACAUGUUCGAGAAUAACGAACGCCGUCCAAGCUUCCUGACGCUCAUGCAUCACAUGGCCAUCGCAGCUCGACAACCUGUUCCUCCGAAAGGCAUGGCGCUCGUCAUCGAUUCUCUGGGUGUCAUCCCACGUUGGACGACCGUUGUAUCUGAAGCUGGAAGUGGCACUAGAGCUGUCGGCGUGGCUCAUGGAUUUGCGGCAGGGGAGUACAACGCACUGAGCCCUGACGGGAAGUACUUCGCCGAUAUGUUCCGCGAGCUCCAGCGUAGGCGGAUGCGGCAGGAGGGCGAGGGAAUACGCGGCGGCCGAAGAGAAGGCAGGCAGAAUUUGGAUGAUGAAAGUGAUGGUCCGUGUGCCAUCGCGGGUGGGAAUAGCUAA